GAAUAACCCUGAAUCCAAAUAAGUCCUCUCCGGACCCGUCCGCUCUUCGGUUCUAUCCGAGAAGGAGCAAGCUUGCGCGCGCGCUCGAGAGAUUUGAGAGACUGACGGAGCUGAAUAGCGGCAGAGCGAAAGCUAUGGAUAAGCUCGCGGAGCAGCAACACGAGGUCUACAGUGGAGAGAUCCCGUAUAUCGCUGACAUGGACGGAGAAGAAGUGAUGCCCCUCGCCGACACUGAUCACCUCUCCUCCAAACAGAGCCUAGAGGAUAUGAAGAAGAAGCUCAAACUGAUUGAGGACGAGGCGGGCGCACUACGCGAGAUGCAUACUAGGGUUGAGAAUGAAAUGGGUGUCGCCCAGGAAGAUCAAUCAAGUGCUGCUGCAACACAAGUUGAGAGAGAGGAAGUGGACUCCCGAUCAAUCUAUGUAGGCAAUGUUGAUUAUGCAUGCACUCCUGAAGAGGUGCAGCAGCAUUUCCAGUCUUGUGGGACCGUUAACAGAGUAACAAUUUUAACAGACAAGUUUGGCCAGCCGAAGGGGUUUGCUUAUGUCGAAUUUGUCGAAGUAGAGGCUGUUCAAAACGCUCUUCUCUUAAAUGAAUCCGAAUUGCAUAGUCGUCAAUUAAAGGUAUCAGCUAAGAGGACAAAUAUUCCAGGGCUGAAGCAAUACCGUGGCAGGCGGCCCAAUGCUUACAUGGCUUUUCGAUCAAGAAGAACUCUUAUGCCUUCACCAUAUUUUGCUCCAUAUGGAUAUGGAAAAGCUCCAAGGUUCAGGCGGCCAAUGCGUUAUCGGCCGUACUAAUGAAGCACUUUUAAAGUCAGUCAUAUUGAACUCAGAAGCCUUUAAUCCAUCCGUCAGUUACCGUUUUUCUUAUGAACAAUCCAGGUAGUAAUUUAUGUGAUAAAACCAUCUUCUCUUAUGUGAUUCCUUUUAGGUCUUACAGAUUGUAGUGAGACUAAAUUAAUACUUGGUCAGUCCAAGUAUUAUCUUCCAUUUCUAUUGCAUGCAUGGCUCAUAGAUUUUGGCAGUUAGGGAUGGAGUAUAAAUGUUGAAUCUAUCAAUAAUUUAAAACUAGCAUGAAUAACCUUUUUAAUGUAUAUUAUUCAAAUUAAUU